GUGGCCAAACAUGGACGCGCUAAGCAGCAGGUGUAGCACAGUGGCCUUCGUUGCGGCAGUGAUGGUGCCACUGCUGGUGGGAGAGGUGACAGCCCUGAAGCUAUCCCGGACGGAGCCAGACGCACAGCCAGUUGGUGGGGCCACGCACCUCUAUCCCUGCUUCUCUGUCUAUCAAAUAGACCUCAAUGAGACGAGGCUCUUCACUCACAUCGGCUCUCCUGAGAGCGCGGACUGCGCGUACACGUUCGAAGCUCCAGAGGAGGCGUCUCUGGAACUAGAGGUGGGCAACAUCGCGGCGGCGCCCUCUGGAGGUUCGGCGUACAACUACGGCUACAGCUACUCGUGUGGACCGCAGGCCGUCCGCAUCUUCGACUUCCGCCCGGACGGCGCACUCGUCGUCGCUGCUACGUGGUGUGGGUGGCCGGUGCAGGGGGCGGCGCUGAGCGCCCGCUCGUCGCGCAACCUGGCGGUGGUCACCUCCACCGUGGCCCGCGGCUCGUUCGACCUGCGGGUGUCUGCCGCCUCACUGCCUCAGGCCGGCAACACCACCGACCUCGUGCCCGUGUCCGACCUGGUGCCGCCGCCGCCUCCGUCCACAGCCGCCUCCACCAGGGGAGACACUCCCAGCCCUCCGGCAGAGCAAGAACAACCCAGUGCUGCGCCGACCGCCGCUGCAGUGGAGGGGGUAGAAUCGGAGACGACCACCACGACAACCACCACGACUACAAGCACGACCACAGCGGAAGCCGUUAGCGUGCAGGACUCGCCUCCAGCCACCACAGCUGUGCCACCUCGAGUGCCGCCUGCCAGCCCAACAGAUGACAGUACCAGCAACGACGACCCAGAACGGUCUGCACCGCCUUCCACUGCUGCAGCUGUGGUGGAAACCAGUGAAGACUCAACGCAACCACCACCCCCACUGCGGAGUGCUGCUUCUGCUCUCUAGCCCUGAUAACUCUCGUAACUGCAUUGCACACUUUGUAACUCCUUCAGGAGUAGUGGAGAUACGAGGUACAAAGAGUUGUCAGUAGGCAACUGUUCUCUCUUACCUCCUCCUUUUUCCUCUUCUUUGCUUUUCUGUUUACCAACAUGACAUCCCACAGGCAAUGAGAUUGUUAGAGACAGAGCAUGGCUCAGUUUGAGAAGAAUGAGAAACAACUUCUGUAGUAUUCUUUGGCAGAAAUAAUCCCAGAGUAUGCCAGAAAUAGUGUCAAGCUUUUCCGAUCACCAGAACACUUCUCCAUACCAGAGCUGAUGCACUCUUUGUUGGCAAGCAACUGCCUUGUAUCUGGGGUAGUAGUAACCUUGAGACAUGUACUGGGACCUCACAAUACUACAGACACAAACAGUCACAUUACUUUUAGUCAGAUUAUUGUUAAGGGAGACGCCACGAACAGUCGAAUAACACCUAAGGAUUCGCUACAGAAUCUUCUAUACACAACCAAUGUUCUGCUUUCAGUCCUCUUUCUUCAUUAACUCUGAAUUAUCUGGAAAUUUUGUAAUCAUCCUACAUAAGGAAUGUCAGCCCUUUGCCAGAAACUGUAAUAACUACU